GCGGGCGCCAGUGUGAGCGGCGCGGGGGCGCGCGCGCGAGUCCUCUCCAGGCUCCGGGGCUAGUGUGUCCUAGCGGCGCUGCCCGCUCCCCCCGCGCCCGGUGUGAGGGACUCGGGGAGGCCCGCGGCGCGCAGGGGAGGGCGAGGCAUGUGCACGGGCCGGGGGGUGCUGCAGUCGCCCGGGGAAGAGGAGGACGGCGGCGGCGGCGGUGAAGAGAGCGGGGGGCUCGCGGCGGCGGGCCCGGGCCGGGGGGAUGCAGCGGACUGUGUGUGUCUGGCUGUAGCUGACGCGGCGCGACCAGGAGGCUCGGGGCGACCACGAGGCGGCGGCGACGGCGACGGCGGCGGCGGCGGCGGCUGCAGCCAGAAGUAGCAGCAGGACGGGCAGCGGCGGCGGAGACAGCAGCUCUGAAAUGCAUUUUCCCCUCCAGCGGCCAUGUUAACCAGGAAACCUUCGGCCGCCGCUCCCGCCGCCUACCCGACCGGCCGAGGAGGGGACAGCGCCAUUCGCCAGCUGCAGGCUUCCCCGGGGCUCGGCGCGGGGCCCCCCCGGAGCGGAGUGGGGACCGGCCCGCCCUCCCCCAUCACCCUGCCGCCUCUCCGGGCCAGCAACGCAGCCGCCGCAGCCCACACGAUUGGUGGCAGUAAGCACACAAUGAAUGAUCACCUACAUGUUGGAAGCCACAGUCACGGACAGAUCCAGGUUCAGCAACUGUUUGAGGAUAACAGUAACAAGCGGACAGUGCUCACAACUCAACCAAAUGGGCUCACGACAGUGGGCAAAACGGGAUUGCCUGUGGUGCCCGAUCGCCAGCUGGAGAGCAUCCACAGACGGCAAGGGAGUUCCACCUCCCUGAAGUCCAUGGAAGGCAUGGGCAAGGUGAAAACAACGCCAAUGACACCUGAGCAAGCAAUGAAGCAAUACAUGCAAAAACUAACCAGCUUUGAGCAUCAUGAGAUUUUUAGCUAUCCUGAAAUAUACUUCUUGGGUCCAAAUGCAAAAAAACGCCAGGGCAUGACUGGGGGGCCCAACAAUGGUGGCUAUGACGAUGACCAGGGAUCCUACGUGCAGGUGCCCCAUGAUCACGUGGCUUACAGGUAUGAGGUCCUCAAGGUCAUUGGGAAGGGAAGCUUUGGACAGGUGGUCAAAGCCUAUGACCACAAGGUCCACCAGCACGUGGCCCUGAAGAUGGUGCGGAAUGAGAAACGCUUUCACCGGCAGGCAGCUGAAGAGAUCCGGAUUCUGGAGCACCUGCGUAAACAGGACAAGGAUAACACCAUGAACGUCAUCCACAUGCUGGAGAAUUUCACCUUCCGGAACCACAUCUGCAUGACGUUUGAGCUGCUGAGCAUGAACCUCUACGAGCUCAUCAAGAAGAAUAAAUUCCAGGGCUUCAGCCUGCCUUUGGUUCGCAAGUUUGCCCACUCGAUUUUGCAGUGCUUGGAUGCUUUGCACAAAAACAGAAUAAUUCACUGUGACCUUAAGCCUGAGAACAUUUUAUUAAAGCAGCAGGGUAGGAGUGGCAUUAAGGUGAUCGAUUUUGGCUCCAGCUGUUACGAGCAUCAGCGUGUCUACACUUACAUUCAGUCCCGUUUCUACCGGGCUCCGGAAGUGAUCCUUGGCGCUAGGUACGGCAUGCCCAUUGAUAUGUGGAGCUUGGGCUGCAUUUUAGCAGAGCUUCUGACAGGUUACCCCCUCUUGCCUGGGGAAGAUGAAGGGGACCAGCUGGCUUGUAUGAUUGAACUUCUGGGCAUGCCUUCCCAGAAACUGCUGGAUGCAUCCAAACGAGCCAAAAAUUUUGUGAGCUCCAAGGGUUAUCCCCGUUACUGCACUGUCACGACUCUCUCAGAUGGUUCUGUGGUUCUCAAUGGGGGCCGAUCCCGGAGGGGAAAACUGAGGGGCCCGCCAGAGAGCAGAGAGUGGGGGAACGCACUGAAGGGGUGUGACGACCCGCUUUUCCUAGACUUCUUAAGACAGUGUUUAGAAUGGGAUCCUGCAGUUCGCAUGACCCCUGGCCAGGCUUUGCGGCACCCCUGGCUGAGGAGACGGUUGCCAAAGCCUCCGACGGGGGAGAAGACGUCAGUGAAAAGGAUAACUGAGAGCACUGGUGCUAUCACAUCAAUUUCCAAGUUACCUCCACCUUCCAGCUCAGCUUCCAAGCUGAGGACUAAUUUGGCACAGAUGACAGAUGCCAAUGGGAAUAUACAGCAGAGGACAGUGUUGCCAAAACUUGUUAGUUGAGCUGAGUUCCUCCCCCUAACCCCACCCUCCCAUUCCCUGUGCUGGUAAUCUGAAAGAUACGUUAUUGCUGAGCCUUACUGGGUUUUAAAGGAAUAGCUCAGACCUGUUUUUAUUUGCUCAAUAACUCAUUUGUAUCUUUUCAGCACUUAUUUUAAUGUAAGAACCAGUUUUUGUUCUGUUUUGUUUUUAUAAAAAUACAUGGGGACAAUGCUUUAAGUUUUUAUACUUUCUGAAACUUUUUUUUGUGCGUGUGUGUGUGUGUGUGUUCUAAAAGUACGAUGAGCCUUACUGUAUUUAGUGUGGCAGAGUAAUAAACAUCAGUGGCAGGCCAUUGAUUACUUCAUGACUGCCCCGCAUUUACAGAUUGGUGACACUCACUGUUCCUAUGGUUCAUAGUAUAUUCUAUCCAAGGCGAGUGCCCUUGAAGGCCCCCCCUCCCCAGGUUUCUACACAGGUACAGCAUGCCCUGCUUACUUUCUCCAUAGGUUUUCUGGGAGAUAAUGAUGGUGUGAAGAGAACAAUCAGGAGACAGGUGACAUCCUAAGAAAAACUGAACCAUUGGGAAUUUCUUUCCUGAACAAAAACUAAAUCCCCCAUGGUUUGGAGGCUCAGUUAACAUUUUGAUAUCCUAAAAGCCAGCGAAAUCAGACCUAGUGGGUAAAUGGAAGAGGUUCCAAAUGUUCUAAUUUGAUGAGUGAGCUGUUUUAGAAAGAAGCCUCCUAUUACAGAAAUGGUGUUGCACCUAAAUUUAGAAUCAUAUUCCUCCUUGCUUUUCUCCUCUGUUCCUCUUUUACUAAACAUCUGUUGCUUGUGUUGUGCUUUUUCUUCUUCUUUCCACUAUAUAUCCCAGACUGUUAAUACAGAAAAGAGACAUUUCAGCUGUGAUUAUGACCACCAUUUCAUAUUCCAAUUUUAAAAAGGACAGCAGCCUCACUACUUAAGGUAGGGAUUUCUGUAGUUCCAAAGAAGGUUUAGCAGAUUAGAGUGAAUUUGCAAUUUUUAGGUGCCACAGUAUAGUUCUCUUAGCCUGGGAAGUGUCAAAUCUUCUUUUUUGAAGGAAGAGGGGUGAAAAUCCUCUUGAUGAAUGGAAGUCAUUGUGACUGUUCAGUAAGGCCAAUUUUAACAACAGAUUUUAAAAAAGAAAAGGUCAGUUUUGAGUUUAAAGGCUUGAUUAUUUGCAUCACUGGAAGAACCACAGAAAUUGCAUUCCUUUCAUUUUUGUAUUUUGUUUUGGAUUGCACUGAUUGUUUUUAUGAGAAUGACACUUUACCUGGAAAAGUAACUUAAGAUUUAGGUAAAAGAAUAUUUUCUCUGAGUGAUAAUUAUUUUCACAAUGAAAAUUUCAGUAUUUUAUCACUAGUGUAUGAGCAAUGAUACAUAUCCAUUUCAAGGCACGUGGAAAAAAAUUUAGUAUGUGCAAUUUAAUAUAGAAGGAUUUCUGCCUGUUUGGACAACAGGUUUUGGAUAGUAUAAAUUAGGAUAAAUACUCUUUUAUAUGCACAGAUAAUAUUGUAUUGCCUGUAAUUUGAUUUAUAAGUACUUAAAGCAUGGUCCCCAGUGAGGCCAAGGAAGUUUCCGGUUAAGUUCUUUUACUAUUAAUCCUACCAUUAUCUUUAAAACAGUAACAACUAUGACCAGAACACUUAUUUUUAGGCUUUGUAAGAUGGUGGAGAAAAAUGCUCAGGCGAUAAUACCGAUACUUGCCAAAACUAAUAAAAUUAGGUUCUUAAUAGGAGAGUGGCACUAAUAUUUACCAUUUCAAGGUGUCACUGAUAAAUUAUAGCAUCUUUCCCCAUAGUUAAAUUCUUUAGCAUGUGGUACACAUUUCUGUGUAAUCCGUGGAAGUGCAAUAAUAGAUUAGUAAAUUGCAUUUGAAGUGAUCAUGUAAUUCUCCUAAUCAGUGACUUAUAGAAUUUAAAGAUUGUAUUUUUACUAAAAUUUUGACCUAGAAGUAUGAGAAGCAUAAGUUUGGUGUGGUGGCUUUAACAUCAGAAGCUUCUUAGUAAUAGUUUCUAAAGACCACUGAAAUAAACACAAAUAUAGAAGCUGUUUUCUCCCUUGCAAUGUUCCUCUCCUGUGUUCAUUCUUAUUUUCACAUUUAGGCUUAAAUAUAUGAACUUGAACCUGCAAUUAAUAAGAAUUUCUCUAUAAAGUGAAUUUAAAUGUGAAAAAUAUAUAAACGGGCUAAUACCGUUCGUCUUUGUCUUUCCCCCACCAUACAGAACUGGUUCUAGAGAUGCCAAUAGUGUGUUUGUGAUUGUCUUUAUUCACAAAUGCAGCCAGAAACUUUCAAGCCAAACUUUCGUGCAGCGAGCGCCUUGGGACUCUUUCGCUGCCCCACCCCCAACCCCUCCCCAAUAUUGCGAAAUUUUCUUUAUUGACAAGAACUGCCGCAUUCAGUGUUUAGUGACAGAGCUGCUUUUAAAUAAUCCUAGCUUAAUUAUAAUGUCAAAACGGGGGGAAAAUUGCAUUUUUUUGUGUGUGAUUUUUUUUUUUUUUUUUUUUAGAAAAAAAACCCCAUAAAUUAAUGAAGGGCUCUGAUAGGCUACAAGUAGUUGGCUUGGAAACAGUUCUUGGUCUCACAGGUAACCAUCGUCUGGGGAUGUCUGAGCUGUUUGCGGGUUUAGGAAUAGCACAGUGUUGUCUUGUCUUUGGUUGCAGUCUCAUCUGGCUCCAUUUCUUGCACCACCAGAGCAUGCAUUCCCACUUAAGUGUAUUACUACAACAAUGGAACAACAGAGUGAUGUAUGACAGUAUAGAUUAACAGUAGAGGAGAAAUUGUGCCCUAGUGUUAACAAUGUGCCUUUUGUUCUGGAUGCCAUAUUGUAGGGCAUGCAUUUUUUUUUUUUUUUUUUUGCCUCUUUAACUCUUUGAAUACUAGGCAAUAAGGAUGGAACCCACCUCUGUAAAGAAACAUCUGUCUUAAAUAUCCAGUUACAGGCCUUAAUAAAAACCGUAAGGCGUGAACCAUUAUCAGGCACUGAGAAAGGUAAACCACAGGCUAGUUACACAAGGCAUUGCUAUGUUUAAGGGGUUAAAGAUUGUCUUUGUUGUAUCUUAACAUCAGACUGGUUUUUUAAAAAAUUAUUUUUGUUAUGCUAACACUAGACAAAAACCAACUGUAUUUGUAAAAAUUUACCUCAAACCAUUUAAUUUUAUAGUGUGAUUAAUCCCAGGGCAUUUGGUAUGAACCAAAGUGCAUUCCUUUUAUAUGUGCCUGGCUCUAGUAAGGGUGGCCAGGGAUUUUUACAUUUUGGGUGCAAGGCACUUAAGCCACUUUUAAACUUAAUGGGUGGUUUGGAGUCAUGUUAAAGGACUCCAUUAGAAUGUUAGAAAACAUUUUAGGUAUCAGUAGCAUUUGGGCCAUAUUGGAAUCUUAAAAAAUUGUGAAUUAUUUUAAAAUACAUUCAUUUUUGUAAUUUUUUUCAUCAAGAAUAUUUCUGGUAAGCAGACGAUUAAAAAUAAAAACUGAUUUGGCUGGAAAGGGUUUUAAUAUUGCCCAACAUAAUGCUUUGGUAGCAUUUUAAAAAAAAGUAUUUGUGAACUCUUUGUUUCUUAGGGGCUUGUACAUCUCUCUGCUAUAGACAUAUAAAAUUAAUUGUAAUUAUACUCAGCUCAACUGCUACAGUAAUGUCUAGGCAGUGGCUUGGGUUUUUAUCGAGCAACAACUUAGACGUGACUGUAAUAUGCUGCAACUGUGUGUACUGAAAAUAUGUGAAAAUGGUUGAAUGUGGACUGUGUAUAUAUGUAUGUAAAAAUUUCUGUGAGAUGCUGCUGUCGCCACUUAACAUAAAAUAUGUUCUAGUGGAUUUUAAUCCUAGUGGCCAGUUCUAUGAUACUGUAUGUAUUGUACAGCUGAUGACAGGAGUAAGACUGUUAAGUGAAUAUUUGUUAAAUUUUAUUGUCAUGGCCAGAGAUAAUUUCAGAAUAAAAUUUUAAUGUCCUACCUUA